CCAUGGUUUGUGAGGUCCCAGCCCCUUUGCCCUCACAAUGACCAACGGCCUCCUGGCAUCUAUAAGAGGCUGCAGAGCUGGCCCCUGACUCACAGCCCACAGAGUUCCACCUGCUCACAGGUUGGCUGGCUCAGCCAAGGUGGUGCCCUGCUCUGAGCAUUCAGGCCAAGCCCAUCCCGCACCAUGGCCAGGUACAGAUGCUGUCGCAGCCAGAGCCGGAGCAGAUGCUGCCGCCAGAGACGAAGAUGUCGCAGACGAAGGAGGCGGAGAUGCCGGGCACGGAGGAGAGCCAUGAGGUGCUGCCGCCGCAGGUACAGGCUGAGGUGUAGAAGAUACUAAUUGCACAAAAUAGCACGUCCACCAAACUCCUGCCUGAGAAUUUUACCAGACUUCACGACCCUCUUGCCACAUCUUGAAAACGCCACCAUCCAAUGAAAAUCAGGAGCCUGCUAAGGAACAAUGCCGCCUGUCAAUAAAUGUUGAAAAGUCAUCCCA